UCAACGAUUACCCGCAUUUGGCCACUUGCAAAAACCAUGGUUGGGAUUUUCUCCAGAUUUUCUGUUGGCAGGUCUGCCCAUCGACGCUCCAAGAGCUCCCUCGAUGAAAGAGAUGUUAUGCCCCCGAAUCCGGAUGUAGCCACUGCAGCUGAUGCUGCUAGUGCGACGGCCACUGCCCAUGGAAUUGAUGUAGCAGUUGAGUUUAAGCCGGUCGAACGUCCGAUCGAGCCUUUGGACGGUGACCGACCGAUUCAGUGCCCCCUACCCGAACCUUCAAUUUUAAACGAUGGAAGAAUCUGGAAGGGGCAACUGUCGGCUAAUGUAAGGAGAGUCGAGUUGCCGGUUAUAAAGGACGGAGACACCGAAUCCGAGGCUACCGGAAUGAAACCCCAACCAAUCCACUCGGGUCGCUUGAUUUUACCAUCUCUAAGUGCCCCGGAACACAACUUGCUGAAUCUCCUCGAAGAAUGCAAUGCAUCCGGGAUCUAAAGCCUGGUACUAUGACAUAAGUCGGCCACAUUCGGCGCUGUCGUUACUGGCCGGCCAUGGACGAUCGUUCUUGUUGACUGCUUUUCGGGUUCCCGGGAAAUUGCUAAUGUGAUUAGAUGUAGUUAGUUUUUUCUCUUCUUUGAAUAAAUGCUUGGAUGUAGUUAUGUUGCAGGGAUUUGAGGUUGAACUGUUGUUUGCGAUCCUUUGUUUUAGCAUAACAGCCCCAAAAGGAAAAGUACCGUUUAUUCCAUCCGUAGUGUAUAUUCUUCAAAAGCAAGAAA